GUGUGUCUGAAAAUGGCGCUUUCUUGUGCAAUUUCUAACGAAGUGCCGGAGCACCCGGUCGUAUCUCCAGCCUCGGGUUUUAUAUUCGAAAAGCGUUUAAUCGAGAAGUAUGUGACUGAAAAUGGAGUGGAUCCUAUAUGUGGGAAAGAAUUGACCAUUGAUCAGCUCAUUGAUGUCAAAACCACUCCAAUAGUGAAACCCAAACCACCAAGUGCCACAUCUAUUCCAGCCAUAUUAAAAAUUUUACAAGAUGAAUGGGACGCUGUAAUGUUACACUCGUUCACACUCAGACAGCAACUCCAAACAGCUAGGCAAGAACUGUCUCAUGCUUUAUAUCAACACGAUGCAGCGUGCCGUGUAAUUGCUCGAUUGACAAAAGAAGUAACAGCUGCCAGAGAGGCUUUAGCCACUUUGAAACCACAAGCUGGAAUUGUACAAGCCACUGCCAUUCCACAACCUGCAGUUGCUGUUGAAGCUGGUGGCACAGCAGCUCAACCUAUGGAACAAGCUGGUAUUACUGAGGAUGUAAUACAGAAACUUCAAGAGAGAGCCACAGUGCUUACUCAGGAAAGAAAACGUCGUGGACGUUCAGUUCCUGAAGAUUUGCUUCCGCAAGACAGUAUUCGCGCAUUUCAGACACUUGCAUCGCAUCCUGGUCUCCAUUCUGCCAGUGUGCCUGGUAUACUGGCGCUUGAUAUUCAUAGUGCAGAUACCAGCAAGAUUUUAACUGGUGGUGCUGAUAAGAAUGCUACAGUAUUUAACAAAGAUACGGAGCAGGUAGUUGCUAUAUUGAAGGGACAUACUAAGAAGGUUACAAGAGUAAUUUAUCAUCCAGAAGAAGAUAUAGUAAUGACUGCAUCACCUGAUACUACAAUACGAGUAUGGAACGUAGGAACUAGUCAGACAACGUUAUUAUUGAAGGCUCACGAUGCUCCGGUGACUGGACUCUCGUUGCAUCCAACAGGCGAUUAUUUGUUAAGUUCAUCACUGGAUCAGCAUUGGGCAUUCUCAGAUAUACGUACUGGUAGAUUAUUGACUAAGGUUGCCGGACAAGUUAGUCAACCAUUGACUACAGCUCAGUUCCAUCCUGAUGGAUUGAUUUUCGGUACUGGUACCGCGGACUCUCAAGUGAAGAUUUGGGAUUUGAAAGAGCAGUCGAAUGUAGCUAAUUUCCCGGGUCAUUCGGGACCAAUUACGGCGAUCAGUUUCUCCGAAAACGGUUACUAUUUAGCUACUGCUGCGGAGGAUUCUUGUGUGAAACUUUGGGAUUUACGUAAACUGAAGAACUUUAAAACGCUUCAGUUAGAAGAAUCGUAUGAAGUUAAAGAUAUUUGCUUCGAUCAAAGUGGAACAUACUUAGCAGUUGCUGGAACGGACGUUAGAGUGUACUUGUGCAAACAGUGGCAAGAACUGAAAGUACUCAACGAUCAUACAGCAGCCGCGACUGGUGUUCGUUUUGGAAAGCAUGCACAGUAUAUAGCAUCUACUAGUAUGGACAGAACACUAAAACUUUAUGGUUUACCUUGAAAAUCUAGUAACAAAAACAUAUUAAUUUAAGGACAAUUUAAAUUAGAAUUUGUAGCAUAAGCUUAUUAUG